UUUGGACGUAGAAGAGGCCGCAUACUCUGAGCCUCUAUCGUUCCACUUACGUAGCAUAAUCUACGCAAUUGUUAUCGGCCAUACAAAGAACACAGCAACGAAGAUUCCGAAGAAAGCAAAUGGCACCCCGAAUGUGAAGAAAGUUACCUUCCCACCCCCUGAGAACUCCCUCCACCCCACCACCACUCCCACAACUUCCCCGGCCGCCAACCUGAAGCCAAUCGCCCGCUGUUCAGGACUCUUCUAUCGUCGCAUACGCAUCAAUUGCGAAAAGUAAUGUCAGAUUCGGAAGCAGAGGUCAAACCAGCAGCAAAGCGCGCACGCGGACGCGGCAACGGCAACAGCUCGUCAAAGGGAACCACGAAAUCAGCAAAGAACAAGACAGCUGCGACGAAGGAGGCCGAGAUGUUUCCCCGCACGCAGGGGCUGAAGAUGUUUGUUGGUGCUCAUGUUAGCUCUGCGAAAGGUGUUUUUAAUGCAGUCACCAAUAGCAAUCGGACCGGCGGGAACGCGUUUGCCCUUUUCGUAAAGCCACAAAGAAGAUGGACUGCAUCACCACUAAAGCCAGAAGAGAUAUCUGAGUUUGGGAAACUGGCCAAAGAGCUCGACUACGAUCUGAAAAAACACGCGCUUCCUCAUGGCUCUUACUUGAUCAAUCUCGCGAAUUUGGACAAGGAUAAGAAUAAGCAGGCAUACGACGCGUUCUUGGACGAGCUCAAGAGAUGCGAGCAGCUUGGAAUCGGUCAUUAUAACUUCCACCCCGGCUCAACUCUGGGAAACGAUCGCGCAACCGCGUUAAAACAACUAGCCACCAACGUCAACCGCGCAAUCAAAGAAACCUCCUCCGUGAAGAUCGUCCUCGAAAACAUGGCCGGCCAUGGCAAUCUGAUCGGAUCCACAUGGGAAGACCUCAAAGAAGUAAUCGACAUGGUCGAAGACAAGACUCGCGUCGGCGUCUGCAUCGAUACAUGCCAUACUUUUGCAGCGGGCUUUGAUAUCCGGACGCAGGAGCUGUAUGAUAAAAUGUGGGAGGAGUUUGACCGAGUCGUCGGGCUGAAGUAUUUGUCAUCUAUUCAUCUCAAUGACUCAAAGGCACCGCUGGGGAGUAACCGCGAUCUGCAUCAGAAUAUCGGACUUGGCUUUCUGGGACUGGAGUCCUUCAGAGUGCUCAUGAACACAAAGCACGUAGAGGGCUUACCAAUGAUCCUCGAAACCCCAAACGGCGAAGACGAAACCGUCUGGGCGCGAGAAAUCAAGUACAUCAUCCCCCGCUGCUAUCAAUAUCUCAUCAUCAAUACUGGAAAGCUAACUUCUUCUCCAAGGCUGCUCGAAUGGCUGAUAGGAAAAUCCGCAGACGAUCCGGAAUUCAUCGCCAAGCGCGACGAGCUGUCGAAAAAAGGCGCUGCGGACCGGAAGGUGCAGGAGGAAAAGAAUACUAAAAAGCAGGAAAAGAAGCAGGAUAAGAAACAGGCUCAGCUGUCGUUUAAGCGCAAGAAGGGGAAGGGGUCUGACUCGGAGAGCGAGUGAAAGCCUCUUUACGGCAAUACAAGUCUAUCAAACAAAUUAAUCAUCCUACGCAUUUCUGUA